CUCUCUCACACCCCACCCUACAGAGACUCUCUCUCCCCCUUUUAUCUCUCUCUCUCUACGCCAAAUUUUUAAAUAUUUUUUUUUCCUACAAAAAAGAAGUAUUGAGAAUCGCAAACAAAAGUAAAAAAAAUAUUAAACAAAAGGAGGAGAGGAGAGGAGAGGAGAUCGUGAGGGAGGCACAACCGAAGAAGUAGGGACUUGGAGAAAAUUAGCGUUACCAUUUUUUGUGAUUUUCAUCUUCCAUUCUACACCUGAAGUGUCUUUGAAACGCUCAUCUCCUCAAGCCAUGGUGGCCACCUCAGCUACAUCCUCAUUCUUCCCUCUCCCAUCUUCCCCCCUCGACCCCACCGCAAAAACCAACAAAGUCACCACCUCCACCAACUUCUCCGGCCUCUCCCCCACUCCAAACUCCGGCAGGAUGAAGGUUAAACCAAACGCUCAAGCCCCACCCAAGAUCAACGGCAAGAGAGUCGGUCUCCCUGGCUCGGUGAAGCCUGAUAACGAGACGUCCUCACAGCAUCCCGCAGCACCGAGGACGUUCAUCAACCAGCUGCCUGACUGGAGCAUGCUUCUUGCUGCAAUAACAACUGUCUUCUUGGCGGCUGAGAAGCAGUGGAUGAUGCUUGACUGGAAACCGAGGCGUUCUGACGUGAUUAUGGAUCCGUUUGGGUUAGGGAGGAUCGUUCAGGAUGGGCUUGUGUUCCGUCAGAAUUUCUCUAUUCGGUCUUAUGAGAUAGGUGCUGAUCGCUCUGCGUCUAUAGAAACGGUUAUGAAUCAUUUACAGGAAACGGCACUCAACCAUGUUAAGACUGCUGGACUGCUUGGAGAUGGGUUUGGUUCUACUCCUGAGAUGGUUAAGAAGAACUUGAUUUGGGUUGUUACUCGUAUGCAGGUUGUCGUUGAUAAAUAUCCUACUUGGGGAGAUGUUGUUGAAGUAGAUACAUGGGUGAGCCAGUCUGGAAAGAACGGUAUGCGUCGUGAUUGGCUUGUUCGGGAUGGCAAUACUGGAGAAAUUUUAACAAGAGCAUCAAGUGUGUGGGUGAUGAUGAAUAAACUGACAAGAAGAUUAUCGAAGAUUCCUGAAGAGGUUCGAGGGGAGAUAGAGCCUUACUUUGUUAAUUCAGACCCAGUCCUUGCUGAGGACAGCAGAAAGUUAACUAAACUUGAUGACAAGACUGCUGACUAUGUUCGUUCUGGUCUCACUCCGCGUUGGAGUGACUUGGAUGUUAACCAGCACGUUAACAAUGUGAAGUACAUCGGGUGGAUACUGGAGAGUGCACCUGUGGGGAUGAUGGAGAGUCAGAAGCUGAAAAGCAUGACUCUGGAGUAUCGCAGGGAGUGCGGGAGGGACAGUGUGCUUCAGUCCCUCACCGCGGUUUCGGGCUGCGAUGUUGGUAGUCUUGGGACAGCUGGUGAAGUGGAAUGUCAGCACCUGCUCCGUCUCCAGGAUGGAGCUGAAGUGGUGAGAGGAAGAACAGAGUGGAGUUCCAAAACAUCAACAACAACUUGGGACAUUACACCGUGAGAGAAAAACUCGCAAACAUGGGUUCUUUGGUUCGUUUGUAAACUAUACUACCUUGCUUGCAACCACCACUACUCAAAAACAGUUUGGGCCACCUUUGUAUAUUUUUUUGGUUCUUAUUUUUCUUCUUCUUGGAGGUCCCUUUUUAUUAUAUUUAUUUUUUCUUUUGGGUGCCAGACAAAGGCAAAUAACUUUCUUAUCCUAAUAUUAUUUAAAUGUAUUUUA